UUUCGUCACGGUCAUCAUCAUUGUCUGGGUAUAACGAAAGAAAGUAAGUCAUCGACAUGAUUGGCAAAUUUCCAAAGUGCACGUCAAAUUGAAGGAAGACAUGAUAAGACACAGGCAGAGAAGAACAGUUUUAAAUAGAAUGUAUCAUCGAUGCAUCAAUGAGAAGAAAUGGAAUGACAAUCUGACGUCCAAAUACAGAUCUCACUUUUUACAUACGAAAGGGCAAAAGGAUCGCUACCAAAUUUUGAGGAAAAGGUAUUCACGAGGUGGACAACAUUCUCUUGUAAAAGCUAAAAAGGUGGGAGUCGGUAUAAAGAGAGGAAAUACUCGAUGGCGAUGGCCAGUGAGUUCAGUGAGAGUGCCGUGAUCCUUUUACCGAUCUACCGUGAAAGUCAACGAUGAAGUUGUUGUCACUGCUCGCACUCGGCUGCUCGAUCGUCGCGGUUCUGUCGGAGAGCACAGACUCGAGCGAGCGAGCGUUACGAGCACGUGCACUGGCGCAACUCGAGCGCCUGGCUCCUUAUCGAAGAACGCCGACAGACCAAGGGACAACCGACGAACAGUGGCAGUUGCUCGAGAAUUCGGCCAAGGAUCACAGGAUUGAGAAACUCAGCGACCAACAAAUCUUCGAGAUCUAUCGGCUCCUGCCAGAGAACCUACAGAGGGACAUCGUAGAUCGAGUCGGCGGUAAUCGAGCGAUGAUCGAGCUGCUGGCAAACCAGAAAUACAUCGCGUCCAUGCAGGACAGGAUAAAACGAUCGGGAUCGAAGCGCCAGGUGUACAAUCACGAUGGGUACGAGUCGCCGCCAGACGACGGAUAUCCGCCGGCAGAGUAUCCGCCUGAAUCGUACGGGGAAUACGAAGGACACCCACAGCCGUCUGGAUCCGAUUCCGGAGCGAUUCUCAAAGGAUCCGGCAGUUUGAUCGGUGGCUUGGCCAAAGGGAUAAUCAACGGGCUGGUGAGCGCUUCCGGCAGCGCAUCGAAAGGAUCCUCGUCGGUCUCGGCGCAGAGUUCCCAGACGAGUGCCGAGUCGAGUGCCCAGUCGAGUGCCCAGACAAGUUCAUCAAGCUCGAACUCGGGCGAACACGAUAAACCAAAGCCGGAAUAUGGACAAGUUUACUCGUACAGCGAUAAGGCGUUCGACGUGUGGGACUUCAAAAAGGCGAUCAUUAGCACGUUAAUGCAAGCGGUAAAAGCCAUAACUGGCGGUGUGAUUGCUUUGAAAGGUCAGCUACUGAAAGGAGGCGCUUACCUUAUCGCGUCCAAGACCAAACUUAUUACUAAAACCGGGGAUGCUAUCACAGCAUUGGGUACUAAUAUCGUCAAGAACGCCGCGCAUCCUUACGCGCAGCCACCGCAUCCUGGAUACUUGUACGAUCAUCAUCCGCAAGUUGGUCACGAGGACGUCUACGAGGGACCACCGCCCAGCAUCGAGGAAUAUGGCGAGUCCCACGACGGCUAUCAAGGAAACACGAAUUACGAAUCAUCCUCGGACGUCGAUGACCAAGCGGGCCUUCUGAUCGUGAAACCAACGAAACCAGACAAUCACGAUCACCACACCGUGGACUUGGACAUCCGAAAACCCGCCGUGACGCACUCGGAGGGCAAUUACUACGGUCCACCGCCGGGACUACUCGGCAAGGAUGUCGAAAACACGGUGACAGGAAACACGCACAGCUAUCAAAAUUCAAAUCAAGACGAUUACAAUGUGAAACCAAAUCACCAAUUGCCAUCCAGCUACGACGUUUCGAUUCAACAACAUUCGUCGAACGAUCACGUCAAAGAACAACAUGACUAUCAAAUCUAUCCGCCUCUUGCUUCACCGUUCAACCAUCACAGUCCACUCUCUGUUCAACAGAGCGUCGAGUACCCGCCGAUACACAUUCAAUACUCUCUUCCAGAUAAAGGGAACUCGGAGUUCAACGGAGAUGCGAACAGCAACGACCUGUCCGUGUACUCGAGCGUAUCGAUCGACACUGAUCCUAAGAUUGAAUCAAUCAAAAUAUCCGCGGAGUUGCCCAAGUCGCAACCGCACAUUCAGAAUUUCCCGCUGCUGCCGUAUUCUUAUCCGUUGCAAGGACCGUUGAAAAUACCGCUGUUGAAUUCGUACUCGUCGCCGUAUUGGCAGAAUCAGGGUGCGUUCCAGUUGCCGUACGCCAAUUUCAAUUUUCACGGCUUGUACCGAAGGAGAAGCAGCUCGCAAAAAAGGAGAUCCGUGAGCGAGAUCGCGCAACGUAUGAGACUGCAACAAGGCUAAAUCUGGAGAUAAGUUCGACUCAGUAAUCUACUCGUACGUGAAUGGAUUCAGAACAUAUUCCACGCAUUUCAGAUCCAGAACUAUAGUGAGUCUAAGGGAAAUAAUGUUGGUGUGUGUAACAUUG